UAAACCAAAUAUUUUAUGGCGAAAUGAAAAAUGGACGCAGAAAUAUUAGAGUCAGUUAAUAUAUUCCUGGUUGGUAUACUAUUUUGUGACAAAAACAGCGUUUACUAUUGUGUUUGCAUAUUUCAUAAAAAAUGGAACCGAUUUAGGAGGAGUUCCUCAGCGUUAUUUUCUGUAAAACGAACGGCAAGGUGGAGAAGUCUUGUUCAUGCCUCCUUGAAUAUCAAGUCCGGUCGUUCUAUGCAGUUGCCUAAGCAAUUUCACCCGGUUGUCUCAGUAGCGCAACGCAAUGAAGCUGGACGGGAAGUGACGCUGGUUGAGUACCUGUCUGGUGUUGUGCAUAGAUUUUGAAGUAAUCACUGGAACCCCAUUUUAGUCAAUGCACACAUUGCGCAAGGAGCAUGUUCACGUUUGGUGUGAUUUGCGGGCCACAGGCUUUAGUACUAGUACAUCGAAGGCAGAUAAUAGCUUGAACGGUGAUCUUAUUAAUGCUUCUAAGUACGCAGUGCUAUGUCAAACACGCAGCUAUGAAUAUGAAGAGUUUGUUUCGUUCAAAUCGGCUAGUAAACCAGAAAUAGCCAAUAUUACACCUUGCAGCCUGGAAAUCAUUGUUUGAAUGCAGAAUCUUUGAAAAAAAUAAACAGAAAGCAAGUACCAAAUUUCACACUGUUCCACUGUUGAGUGGGCAGACAGUACUUGUGCAAGUAUGGUCAUGAUGACACAAUGGCGUGUGGUUCAUGUGGAAGUGUACCGGAAACUGCCGAGCAUAUAUUCUUUGCAUGCCCUUCUUUUCCCGCUAAAAGAAACAAAUUAAAAGAUUUGGUUCUGUCUAGUCCGAGUCCUGAAAACUUGCUAUCAUACAUGGUAAAUGACAUUA